AUGUCAGAGAACAAGGAUGCCGUCACUGUCGAUGAGGCCAAGGUCGUUGACCCGGUCCCGGAGCAUGUUGAUGCCCCCGAGAACGGCACCGCUCUCGAUUCCGACGACGACGUGAGCGACGUCGAGGCCGACGACGAGGGGCUUGACGACGGACUGGAUGACGACGACGACGAGUUUGAGGACGACGAGUUUGAGGAGGAUGAGGAUGAAGAGUAUGAGGAUGAUGACGAUCCGAAUGCUGAGGGCCGCCGGAUGCUUGCUGAGCUUGUCGAGGACGGGGACGUCGAGACCGACGACGAGGAUGACGCGUUCGAUGGCAACGUCGUGGCCGGCAAGAAGCGAAAGGUCGGUGAGGCGGAUGGUGACCUCGUCGGCGACGCCCACCCGCCGCCCAAGAAGCGCGUCGAGACUGAGGACGAUGCCGAGGAGUAG